AUGCCCAAAUCUGCUGCCUCGGGAGCCCCGAAGGUGCAGAAAGUCUGCACCUUGUGGACUCAUGACGACAGCCUUUCCCGCGAAGAUGUCUUAUUCAACAUUGACCGCUUCUCCGAGCUUGCAAUUAGUCCUGGUAGCCUCGUGAAGAUCGUGGCGUUGAAUCAAAACACAUCCGUCCGUGAUUUCCAAGAGCUGGCCCGAACCCCAUCGCAAGAUGGCAGUCGUCGCAUCAAGCUGGACACGGCUCGCCGCGCCCCCUCCACGAGUGGCUUCUCGUCGAGAAAGCCGCAUAGCGGCUCAUUCACCUUGACACUCGACGAGAACGGUCACCGCAUCCAGGGCGGCAGAGACGUCGACCCUGCCAAGACCUACGUCUUCCAAGCAAAGGCGAUGGGCCCCGAUCUCAAGACAAAAUAUCCCAACUUGCAGGUCUCCAUUUCCGACCACAUUGCCCGUAAUUUUGGCUUCCGCAACCGCAUGCAGGUCAUGCUUUCUCCCGCUGAACACGACCUGUACUCAGCAUCGCAUGUCGAAAUCAGUUUCCGUGAUGAGUACUUGUCGCGUGCCGACAUGUGGAGGUUUGCCAUCGCCGAACUCAGCGGCAAGACUGUCUACAAAGGCCAGAAGUUACUGUUCAUGGGCACCAUCAAGGCGACUGUCAAGAACGUCUUCGUCGAUGGCCAAACAACACAUUCUGCCUACUUUUCUACAAUGACGAAGCCAGUCUUCCGCAGCGAAUCUGCUCGUUACGUACUCUUCCUCCAGAUGUCAAAAGAGAUGUGGAACUUCGACACUGAAGGAUCUGGCGAGAUCAUGUUCAAUAAAGUCAUCAACGGUUUCCUUCCUGAUUUGUUCAAGCGAUGGCAGCGACUCGACGCAAAGCACCUCGUUACCAUCAUCAUGUUCACGCGCAUGCAGUAUGAUCGAGGGUUCCUUCCGGACGGCACACAGGCCAAUGGCUUGCCAUUCGACCCUGAUGCAGCGGCGGGCUCUGCUACGAGGGACUUCUACCGAGUGGUUGUAAGCGAAAUGGCCAGCUGUGAUUGGAUCAAUAUCCUCUAUCAGCUGAAGAAAGAGUUUCGAAAAUUCCUCCGGGACGUUUCGGUCAUGCCAUUUUCUCCUCCGAAGAAACAAGCAACUGGCCUACAAGAAGCCUUUGAGGGAGAGCCGGAGCCGGAGCCAGAAUCCAUCAUUGCUGGAACUCCUCGAACCUCGGACAAGGGUAACCUCCUGGAGGCCAUCAACCUUGCUGCGCUGCAGUACUCCAAGGAUUAUAUCGACAGAGACCUUGUAAGAACUGGAAUCUCGGUCAUCGUCAUCUCUCCUGGAAGUGGUAUCUUUGAAGUCGACUAUAACAUGCUCAAGCUCACCACUGAUAUCCUACUCGGAAGUGGCAUCGGAAUCGACCUUGUUUGCUUGCAGCCAAUGCCUCUGCACUCCGUGCCCCUAUUCAAAUACCGGAACCCGCGUUUGGCUACAGAGACCGACCACAGACUACAAAAAGUGGUUGAAGCUGAUGAUGUAGGAUCUAAAUUUGACUUCGGGGUGGAUGAUGAAACACCGCGCCAAACUUUCCCCAAUUUUGGUCCAUUGAGGCAGCCGAAGCACCGCGGCUCCACUUCCUUGGCAGCAUCACCUGCAAAACUCGGAAGUUAUCAAUCGCAUCCCGCCAUAGAUCCUGAACCAGGAGACUGGAGUUAUGCCAUGCCGCAUUGGUUGGAUAUCUCAUACUGGUCUGGCUCGUCAGAUGAGAUUUUUGGUAUGGAGCAAGUAAACAAGCGAGGUAAUCCUCAGGCAAGGUCGCAAAGAAAAUCAAAAGGCUUUUCAUUGAGAUGCCGCAUGUACGAACUUCAGAUGAUGGGUGUUAUGGAGAAUGAGAUGAGCAAUAUCUCCCUACCCUACUUGCAGGAGAACCCCCUGUAUCCCUGGUCACUUUUGGCUCCUACUGAAGACGGUACACACCGCCGAAACCGCGAGAAAGAUGGAUUCAUUAUCUCUGCAUCGUCCUCCCCAGUGGAGACACGCAGCAUGCAUCGAUCACGUACGCAUGGUUCGGAUGAGCAAAUAGCGAUGCACCGAGGCUGGAUGGAUACCUAUGAUGAUCAUAUCUUUCGCACUCUAUCUGACCGUAAGGAAACGGAAGAGAAAGCGCGAAAAGAUCGGCAGGAGAAGGAACUCGAGGCCCGACACGUGCUGCGUAGCAACCGCUUCAGAUAUCCUCCGAACGAAUCUCUUCUCUCGGCAUCGUUCAACAGCCAAGCCGAAUCGGUGAUCAGUUCGGGCCGGCCUCCACGAUCUCCUUCGUUUUUGAAAGGGAAGGAGAAGGCGGAAAGCUCAACAGACUCAUUCGAGAAGGACCUGCACAGCUCUCGGAUCACGGUAAACAAGAGAGUGAGCGUCGCUUCUAGAGCUACACAGGAUCUCUCAACGAGUCCAGUGGGCCGAGAUAUUCGCCACCCUCUCCUUAUGGACCGCGCGAACACAGCACAUCGUCUACCGCCUCGAAGUGUUCCGGCCGAAAUGGUUCCUGAAGAUGACGAUUCGCCAACUAAAAUUGAUGUUGACACACGGCCACCAACGCCAGAACGUGGGAGGGGGAAAGAGGUUGCUGAUGGAGGUUCCAACCGAUCUUCAAACUCCAGUACCAAUCCACGUCCAUCAAAAUGGCUUUCGAGGCACAUCAGCUUCUCUGCGUUCGGGUUUGGGCCGUCGAAAGCUGCACCGAGCACUGGGGUCACGGCAAGCAAGGUGGACGCCGUGGGGACUUUGAGCAAAAUUGUACCCAGUACUUCUGUUGCUAAGAAACCAUCACAACUCAGCGUAUUGUCUACGGCGCUGAAAGGAAGUGAUGCUCAUGACCCGAAAAGAGCGACAGAACCCAUUCAAAUCCAGAGUACGUCCAAGAAGCCAUCCACCAGUGAGGCUUCUCAGUCGAGCCUACGGGUUGGUUCGGGUACACCGAAAGGUCGAUUUGAGGACAAAUCGCUGUCUACUUCACAUGCCACUGCAGACAUCAAGGACCCGGGCUCGCUCUUCCUGCUGGCUGGUUCCAAAGGUCUGCUUGAGCAAGUGGGACCCAAGUUGAACUUGUCCUCGAGCGGUGAUCGGCAAGAAAUACCCAGGACUUUAUCUCCAACCAACUUCCUUGCGCCUUGGAUGGUUCUUGUGAAUCCUUGUAAUCCAAGGAAAAAUAACCUCAGUCUUGCAAGUCAAUUCCGUCGCUGGCAUCACGUCUUCCCUCGCCCGCUGAAGGCUACCUCCAUUAAGUGGAAGUCACUCUGUUCGCCGGCUGCCGUUCCGUUGACGAAUGACUUCUUCCCUAAUGCUGAACAACUGGCUACUGAGUACAACGAGAAUCCGUACAGGAUCAUUCAAAAUGACGAGGAGGAACUCUACGCGACUCCCAAGAGCCGAGAGAACCUCAUCAGAGAGCUAAUUGCAUUCCGUCUAGCUCAUGGGUUCCAAAUCAUCAUUGGCCCCUCAGUAUCAGAAUUCACAGGAAAGCCUGAGCAGGACAUAGCCGAUAUAUUUGCGAAAGACUACAUGCUUGAGGCCGGAUCGUCCAUUUUCAUGUCUUUGGGAAGCACCAUCCAUCAGUUGGUCUGUGUGAGUACCGGAGAGGUCGAAAUCAAAAGGUUUCACAGAAAGCCAGCGGCGGAAAUUCUGUCCGCUGACAGGGCAAAACCGCCGUUCACAUACCAACCGCUGAUCCGGACGGCUCUUGACGAGAAGUACGAGCUUCAGGAGUUCCCGUUGAAGAACCCGCGGGACGAAUACAAUUGGAAUUUCAUCGACAGCUACCUGGCUGGCUACGAGCAGGACUUCUCAGACACGCUUCGAUUCUGGCGAGCUCGCUUCGUGCUUAUUCCCGUGGAGAUCCCACCAAACCCGCGUCGACAUCUGUCGAUGCUUGCUGAGGAUUCGGAUGAGGAGAUCCGACUGGAAGGAAUCCGAAAGCUUACGCAGAUUUGGCAGAAGUGGCGCUAUGUUCCGCCUGAGGAAAGGCAAUACCAGGCGGCGCUGCGCAUGAGCAAGGACGCAAAUCCACUGGCCAUCGAAUACCAGACAAGAGACCCGUCUGCGGUAGUUGCUGCUGGUCCAGAUGGAACGAUUUUAGCGGAAGGAACAACAGACGCCUUUUCGACGGCGCUUUUCGCCGGAAAUGAGCAGUACAACCGCUCGAACUACGACAUCACGAAACUCGCUGUAGACUUACAAGGGGAGAAGGGCAUCCCCAUGACGGACAGGAGGUGGCACUUCAAGCUUCAUCUCAGUUGUUUCCUUGGGUUUGACUUGACGACCUGGCUACUCCAAAACUUCCGGGAUAUCAAUACUAGAGAGCAGGCAGUGGAGCUCGGGAAUGAGAUCAUGGGCAAGGGACUGUUCCACCACGUCACCAGGAAGCAUCCUUUCCGUGAUGGCAAUUUCUUCUAUCAGAUCUCGACAGAGUACAGAGCACCCCGAUCAGAGACGAAGAGUUGGCUCGCGGGUCUCAGCACCCGUCGCUCUGACAAGUCGUCGGUUCCGUCGACCCCUUCGACUGAGGCGAGACCGAUGUCUAUCGCUUCUUCAUCUUGCUCAGUUCCUAGGUCGAGACCAAACACUGCGACUUCUGCUUCAGAGAGUGGAGACAAGACACCCACACGGAUGGGGAGUCCACGUAAACAGGCAGUUCUGAGCAACGUCAUGCGCAUCGAUGUCGACAACCGAAAGAGGUCGUAUCGGCCGGAGGUGGUAAACCUGCACUACGACCGCCUACACAAUCCAGACAACUGCUACCACAUCCGAAUCGAGUGGAUGAACGCCACGGCGAAGUUGAUAGAGGACGCCAUCAACACAUGGGCGACGAGCGUGGAGAAGUACGGGCUGAAGCUCGUCGAGCUGCCCAUCGCCGAGGCCUCGCAAAUGGGACAAUCGCACCCAUUCCGGGCGCCGUACAUGGUGCGGCUAGCGUGCCAACCACCGACGGGAGGCCCACAGCAGCAGUACUUCGACUCGACGUCAUUCGGGCCGCAGCGAUACAGUGACCGGUUCGUCUACCACAAGGCGAUCCUACGCAAGCUCAACUUCGUGCUUGACAUGGAGUCGGCGGCAUCCUUCCCGUCCGACGUCGACGUCACCUACUCGUGGGGCAAGCCCGAUUACACGUUCACGCAGUUCAUCCACAAGAGCGGCGUCCUGCUCGCGCAGAUCACGGACGAUGGCGACUUCCUGCUGCUGGCGAACCGGCUCUGCAACAACCGCGGCGCCUUCGGCAUCGGCCUCGCGCGUGACGGCAAGGCGGCGUCAACGGCGGACGGUGCAGCUACUGCUACUACAACGGGGGCAGACGGGCAACCGCAACAACAGCUCCUCCCCCAGCGCCGCGAGCCGACGCCCAUCUUCGCGCUGCAGAACCCGACGCAGAACGUGCGCUCGCCGUUCGCGUCGCCGCUGGUGCGCCCCGUGCCGGACGCAGCAAUCAACGCGGCCAUCACAGGGCAGCGCAUCGGCGUGGACAAGGGCUUCAAGACGGCGGAGCAGAUCAAGGAUGAGAUGGAGGCGCUGUGCCUGGACGAGCGCGCGCUGCGCCUCUUCUACGCCGAGUUCGCCAUGACGGAGCAGCAGCAGCUGUACACUGGCGGCAGCGACAGCAGGAAUAGCAGCAUCUACCACCACAAGGUGCGCAACAACAGCGGCGCGUCGCCCAGCCCGCGCAUCUCGGCGACGGCGGCUGCUGCGUUGGCCAUGAGCAGUCCUAGGAUGACCCCCGUCGUGCUCGACGCGAACAUCCCGAGCCUGGGCCUGCCGCCCGGUGUCACGGCGACGGCGGCGGCGGCAGCGGGUGCUGCUAGCUCGUCGUCGGCGGCCACGGGCGCUUCGGCGAACCGAGAUGUGUCGCCUGCACCUCCGCCCAGUCUAGGCUCUUCUACGUCCAUUUCGCCGGCGCCGAGGCCGUUGGAUGGUAGCGCGACUGCGUCGUGGCGGAGUAGGAGGAGCAGGUGCAGGUGGAGGAUUACCAAGACUCGGGGCUAUUGGACGGACAGCCUCGCAUUCUCGGACGCCCACACGAUCGUCGGAAAGUAG